AUGCCAAGACAAUACGUCAGAGGAGGUCCUUGGAAAAACAGCGAGGAUGAAAUCCUAAAAGCCGCCGUAAUGAAAUACGGCAAAAACCAAUGGGCUCGUGUUGCUUCAUUGCUGAACAGAAAAUCUCCAAAGCAAUGUAAGGCCCGUUGGUUUGAAUGGCUGGAUCCGAGUAUUAAAAAGACAGAAUGGACACGAGAGGAAGAAGAGAAAUUACUUCAUCUUGCUAAAAUUAUGCCAAGUCAAUGGCGAUCUAUUGCUCCGAUUGUUGGACGAACAGCAAGUCAAUGCUUGGAGCAUUACGAACGAAUGUUGGAUGAAGAACAACGAAAACAAGAAGGUGCAACAGAAUCUUCGGCAGCAUCAUCAUCAUCUACGGACGAUCCAAGAAAAUUAAGAGUGGGCGAAAUUGAUCCAAAUCCAGAGACAAAACCAGCUCGUCCCGAUGCCAUCGAUAUGGACGAAGAUGAGUUGGAAAUGUUGAAUGAAGCUCGUGCUCGUUUGGCCAAUACUCGAGGUAAAAAAGCAAAGAGAAAAUUGAGAGAACAAAAAUUGGAAGAAGCCCGUCGAGUGACAGCUACUCAAAAGAAGAGGGAAUUGAAAGCUGCAGGUUUAUUGACAAAUACUGCUGCUAAAUUGAAGAAGAGAAAACUCAAACACCCUGGUUCAGACGUAAAUUAUAAUAGAGAAAUUCCAUUUUACAAGAAACCAGCACCAGGAUUCUAUGACACAGCAGAGGAAGAUAAAAAAACUGUAUUGCUUGCUUUUGAAGGAAAUUCCAUGCAAGCUCUAGAGCAAGUACAAAACGAACAAACCACAGAGAAGGAAAAGAAAAAGGAUAAGGUCCAAGUCUUGCUGGACAAAAACUUGCCACAAAUUAUUAAGAAGAUUGAUGACAUGUCAAAUGCCAAGAUUAAUUACAAAAAGAUCAAAUUGGCGUUACCACCUCCACAAAUUACUGAUGCUGAAUUGGAUCAAAUUGUCAAAAUGGGCAAAAAGUUGAACACUCUGCCGGCAACAUCGUUAUCGUCAAAUCAAGCAACAAAACAAUUGAUGGGGGACUACAAACCAAACGCCACUCCUCUCAUUCAGGCAACUAGGACACCAAUGCGAGGUGACGUUAUUGGAGAACGCAUUCGAGAAAUUCAACAAAUACAGAGCACACCAACUCCGAUUCAACUUUCAAGAGAACGAGAAUCUGCUCAGUUGACCAUACCUCAAACCUUAUCUGUUGCCUCAACCCCUUCGCAAGUCAAAGCAACUCCUAUCAUUCAUCAAACACCCUUCAGAGAUCAACUUCAUAUCAACACACCAGGAUAUGGUGCUGAGUCGCUUUCUGAAGAUUUACAAUUCCACAAACAACAAUUGAAAGAAGGCUUCGCAAAUUUACCUACUCCGACUGGUGGUGAUUUUGUCGUCUUCAAGAAUGCAAAGGAGACUGAAGAGGCAAUUCCAAAAGAUUUUACAAAGAAAUCCAUCGCCACAGAUGAUGCUGGAGUGAAGGAAAAAGAUCAACGAAAGCAAAAGCUAGCAUCAAAACAACAGGAAAUGUAUCUCAAAACCUCAGUUGUAAAGAGACAUUUACCAAAACCUUCGACGCCAAGUAUGGAUCUUUCAAUAUUUUCACACUCGAAAGAAAUCAAACAAGAUACUGCUGGUGCUGAUGUAAAUACUCGCGUUCUUGCCAGUGAGCUCAUUGCUACUGAGAUGCGUGCGCUUGUGAAUAGCGACAUUUCGGGAGAACGUGCUCACAAUCUAGGACUUCCAGAACAUUUGUUGUUACGAGCACGUAUUGAGUUAGCUAUGGAAAACUUCGCACAGCCUCAGCCAAGUUUUGAAGAAUUUAACAAAGUUUACCAUGCAUGUACAAUACCAAUUUCUGAAGAGCAAGCCAUUGAAUUAUUAAGGCAACCCUGGGAACAGUUAAAGCAAGAAAUUUCACAAUUUACCUCCGAGCACUUGAAAACGAAUCUCUCCAAGCAUGAAAUGGUAAAAGAAUAUGUCAAAAAGACAAGCAUUGAAAUUGCCAAAGCAUCUCGUGAAUUGGACAAUUACAAACAAAUCCAAGAGCAAGAGAGAAGAGCAAUUCCAUCUCGUUUGUCAGAGCUGCAAGAAGAGGGGUCGUGGCUAUCAAGUAGAGAAAAGGAGUUGCAAGAACGGUAUAAGGCUCUCUUAGAUGAAAAGGAACAGCUUAAAAUAAUUCAUCUUGACGAUAUCAUGAUGACAGCGAAUGAUGAAGAAUAA